AUGCUGGCAGCCGACAAGUUGCGCGAGCUGCGCGCGCUCAUGGGCCGCCCAAACGUGCGUCUACUCCCCCUGCGGCACUGUUUGGGUAAAAUAGAGAAGGAGGCGGUAGAGCCGACGAUGCGGUCGCUGCAGGCGUUCGUCGUGGACACGGCCGACGCCCAUCAGAGCGAGUACGUCGGGGACGCGCACAAGCGCCGCGAGUUCCUCACGGGCUUCACAGGCUCAAGCGGCACCGCUUUGGUCACGCUGGACGAAGCGCUCAUGUGGACGGACGGCCGCUACUUUUUGCAGGCGGAGCAGGAGCUCAGCGAGGACUGGACGCUCAUGAAGUCCGAGGAGCCUGGCGUGCCGACGAUGGAGCAAUGGGCAAAAACCAGUCUAUCUGACGGCAGCUGUUUGGCGAUUGACCCGUAUUUAACUUCGGUGAUCGCAGCUCGCACGCUUGCCAAGGCCCUAAAGGAAACGAAGAUUGAGCUGGUGGCUUUGCAUGAGGCGGAGAACCUGUUAGAUCGCAUAUGGAAGGACCGUCCGGCUGUUUUACCCUCGCAGGUCACUUUUCUAUCGGAGAAGUACACUGGAAGAUCCGUUGUUGACAAGUUGACGAGUCUUCGUGAAGCCAUCAAGGAAAAAGGAGCAGAUGCAGUCGUCCUCACUGCACUGGAUGACAUUGCGUGGCUGUUUAACAUUCGAGGCAACGACGUCGAGUUCAAUCCAGUCGUAACGUCGUACGCCGUCGUGACUGCUGACUCGGCAACUCUGUAUCUAGAUGCGUCCAACCAAGACGAGGUGGGUCAACAUUUAGAACCAAGUGGGAUCACUUGCAAGCCGUACUCGAGUAUGCUGAAGGAAAUCGCGGCUUUCACGUCUACAAACAAGGACGCAAUAGUGCUCGUCGACCCUGCCCAAUGCAACGUCGCUGUAUUCCUAGCGAUUCCUGCUGCGAACCGAAAAGAGAGCACGUCGGUCGUCAUGGCUAAAAAAGCGAUCAAGAAUGCAGCAGAAAUCGAGGGCAUGCGUCAGGCCCAUCUUCGUGACGGUGCUGCGCUUGUCAAGUACUUCAGCUGGCUCGAGAAAGAGAUGGAUGCUGGUCACGAAGACCAAUGGGAUGAAGUGCUCGUGGCGGACAAGCAGGAAAAGCUCCGACAGCAAGUGAAAGACUAUGUGUCGCUGAGCUUUGACACCAUUUCGUCGAUCGGGGCAAACGGAUCCAUUAUUCACUAUUCGCCGAAGCGUGGACAUUGUGCCAAAAUGUCGGUGUCUGCCAUGUACCUGAAUGACUCAGGCGCUCAGUACUUGGAUGGCACGACGGAUGUCACUCGAACGCUGCACUUCGGAGAGCCUACCUCCUACGAAAGAUCGUGCUUUACUUCCGUGUUGAAAGCACACAUUGCCCUCGCAAACACUGUCUUUCCUAACAAGAUUGAAGGCGUUCGGCUUGAUGCUAUUGCGCGUGCGCCUUUGUGGAAGGCUGGUCUGGACUAUCGCCAUGGAACGGGUCAUGGUGUCGGUGCGUUUCUUAACGUACACGAAAAGGGUGUGCUGAUGUCCUUCCGCUUGAACCCAAACGGCCUGAAGAUUCAAGACGGCAUGAUUCUGAGCAACGAACCUGGCUACUACGAAGACGGCAAGUUUGGCAUCCGAAUCGAAAGCAUCAUGGUUGCACAGAAGGCGCCUCAGAUCAAGAGCCCUCUCAACCGCGACUUUUGCGCGUUUGAAACCCUCACUAUGGUGCCCAUUCAACGGAAGCUUAUUGACGCGAGUCUGCUUACGCCUGAGGAAGUGCAGUGGUUAAACGCGUACCACAAGGACGUGCACGACAAGCUGCAGCCGCUGCUGGAGGAUGACCCGGAAGCUUGCGCGUAUCUUGCGCGAGAGACAAAGCCCCUGCCGCAGUAG